AUGAUGGGCAACGGGGGCUGCGACGCGUUGCCGCGCGCGCCGAGCGAGCGGUCGCCGCUGCUGCGCGCGCUGGGGCAGGGCGACUCGGCGUCGUACGAGGGCUCGUACAUGUCCAUGCCGGCGCCCGCGAGCGACGGCGGGCGGCUGUCGGACUCGGGGGGCCAGUUCCAGCCGCUGGUCUUCGCCGAGAAGGCGCUGGCCGCGCUGCUGAACGGCGUGCUGCUCUACGCGCUGGGCUGCGUCGUGGGCGUGGCGCUCGUGUCGCUCAACUUCGAGGGCGUGCUGGGCGCGCGCGUCAACUGGUGGCUGGUCUUCGCGCCCUUCUGGCUGGCCAACGCCGCCAUGCUCUACGCGCACGUGGCCAGCGUGCGCCACGCCAAGACGCUGCGGCGCUGGGCCGACGUCGAGUCCAUGUCCAACGAGCCGCUGCUGCCUCUGCUGCGCCGCAUCGUGCUGGUCUACGCCAUCAGCUUCCCGCUCUCGGUGCUGCUGCUCUGGAGCGAGCUGGCCUUCUGCGCCAGUCUGCAGGACACGGCGGCGGCCACGAGUCUCUACAUCUGCUACACGCCGCUCAUGGUCAUCCAGGUGGCCUUCGUCGUGCGCUACCUGCUCUGCCGGUCGGACAGCACGCUGCCGGGCGUGUGCUGGGUGCUGAUGUUCGUGUUCACGCUGCUGCUGGCGUACCAGACGGACACGCAGCGCCGCUUCGGGUCGCCCGAGCUGACGCAGCUGCCGCUGUCGUGGUGGGUCGUGUUCGCGCCGCUCUUCGCCUUCGAGCUGCUCAUGACGGGCGCGCUGCUGCUCGUGCUGUACAACGAGUUCUCGGGGAUCUACCGCCUCACGCGCUGGCAGCUGGCGGCCAGUGUGCUCUACUCGCUGGCGCUGGUGGCGGGCGUGAGCGGAGAGCUCAUGCUGCUGGAGCAGGUGGACUACCACUGGGGCACCUUCACGUUCCCGUCGGGCAUGAUGUUCUUCGGCCUCGUGUGCGCGUGUGUGGCCAUGUAUAUCGUGGGGCGCCACCACGUCGAAGAGCUCAUGGCUUCCAAGGGUGGGGCCGUGCCCGUGCCGUUGACAAGGACAGCGGACGGCUGGAUCACGAGCCACGCGGUGGUAGAGCAGUGGGUGCUGUUCGGAGACAUCUACCUGACGCCGCAGGGGCUCCACCAGCGCAACCAGAAGACGCGGAGCAAUUCGGGCGUCGAGUCGGAAGCAGCGGGCAGCAGGUUUCUGCGGCAGGUGAAGGGGAUGCUGACCCGAGUCACGUCGGACGACAACAUGAGCGAGAACGACCCCGAGCGCCGCAUCCGCAACGUCCUGCGACGAAAGACGUCCGGCAGCUACAGUGACAUCAUGCUGGAGGUCGUGGAUACGCCCAAGACUUCGAACAAACCGUAA